CUCUCUCUCUCUUUCGCUCUCGCUCUCUCCAUACCUCUUCUGUUUUUUAAUUGAUUUUAACCAGUUUUAAAUAUUUUUUUAUUUUCAGAUUUGUCAAAAUUCAUGCUCCCUUUGAGGUUUGCACAAGAUAUGCUGAGAUCCUAAAACUGCGAAUGCCAAUGAGAGAGAAAUUGGAUGCAGAGUUUCAUGACCACCGCGUUGUGCUCCAUUUUCCUGGCCUGCCAGCACUGGAAUUCACUCCCCCUGCUGUUUUCCAAGACAUGACAGAUUGCGUCAGCAAAAUAUUUAACUUCGUGAGGCUUGACCGUAAUGUAUUCCCACCCAAGAACAGACAUUUCACAGCUGUUUAUUCGAGAGAUAAAGAAUAUUUGUUUGAUGUGACAGAGGAGUUCUUCACAGCAGCAGUUCGGGCUCGUAUCAUUGACUUUAUAUUGAGAAGAAAAAAGUUCAAUGAUUCGGAGAAUGAUGAUUUUGCCUUUGGCAUUGAGAAGAUGCUGAACGAAUCUACAUAUGAGGCUGCAUAUCCCAUUCAUGAGGGUGACCUUCAUGUGGAGGGAAAUGAUCGGUCACUCCUCUUCAAAAAUUGGGCCGCCCUUCGCAACUUUUACAAGUACCAGCCUUUGGAUUACAUCAAGGACUAUUUCGGAGUCAAAAUUGGCCUCUACUUUGCCUGGCUGGGAUUUUACACGUACAUGUUGAUUCCAGCAUCCAUUGUGGGUCUUCUUUGCUUCAUCUACGCUGUCUCGACCAUUAACGACCACAUGCCAAGCAACGACAUCUGCAACAAGAACCUGAACAUCCAUAUGUGCCCUUUGUGUGACAAGUUCUGUGACUUUUGGAAGCUGGAUGGUUUCUGUUUCCAUGCCAAGUUCACCUAUCUUGUUGACAAUCCAUCCACAAUCUUUUUUACUGCUUUCAUGUCUCUUUGGGCGGCUCUCUUCCUAGAGAUGUGGAAACGGUACUCGGCUGAAAUCACCCACCGAUGGGACUUGACAGGCUUUGACAUUCAGGAAGAGCACCCGAGACCUCAGUACCUGGCCAGACUAGCACAUAUAAAGAAAAAGACAGUCAACAUUGUCACAAAGACUGUGGAGCCGAAACCCCCUUUCUGGAAAAUGAGAUUCCCGGGAAUCAUGAUCAGUUUGUCUUCGGUCGUUCUGCUGGUACUAAUGGCGCUGGUGGCUGUCAUUGCUGUCAUUCUGUACCGCAUGGCUGUACUGGCGGCCCUGGCCAUCCAUGGGGAGUCAGUCAUCACUUCCUAUGCCAUCAUCUUCACUUCAACCACGGCUGCCUUCAUCAACUUGAUUUGCAUCAUGAUAUUCAACCAGAUAUAUGCUCGUGUUGCUGAAAGACUGACAGAACUGGAGCUGCAACGGACUCAGACAGAAUUUGAUGAUUCACUAACACUCAAGAUCUACAUGCUGCAGUUCAUCAACUACUAUUCAUCUAUCUUCUACAUAGCCUUCUUCAAGGGAAAGAUGGUGGGCUAUCCAGGGAAAUAUAAUCGUGUUUUUGGAUCAAGACAAGAGGAGUGUUCCCCUGGCGGCUGCUUGCUGGAGCUCUCCGUCCAGCUGGCCAUCAUCAUGGUGGGCAAGCAGGCAAUGAACACGUGCAUGGAGAUGGUGAUCCCCAUGCUGUGGAAGUGGUACAACAUGCUCACCGUCCCCGAGAGCCAGAGGGAAGCCCACAACCGCUGGCCACGCUGGGCAAAGGACUUCCGGCUAGUCAAUUUCGAUCCCAGGGGACUGUUCCCCGAGUACUUGGAAAUGGUGCUGCAAUAUGGAUUCGUCACCAUUUUUGUGUCGUCAUUCCCACUGGCUCCUCUGUUUGCCUUCCUCAACAACGUCUUUGAGAUGCGCUUGGAUGCCAAGAAGCUGCUGACACACUUCCGACGCCCCAUCUCGCAGCGCGUCAAGGACAUUGGCAUCUGGUUCAAGAUCCUGGACUCCAUUGGGAAGUUGGCUGUCAUAACAAAUGCUUUCAUCAUAGCCUUCACAUCCAACUUCAUCCCCGAGCUGGUGUACCGCCACGUAGUCUCGGAGAGAGGGACAUUAGAAGGCUUCCUCAACCACUCAUUGGCCACUUUCAACGUCGGCGACUAUCCCUCAAGUUACAAAGUAAACGAUACAGGAGGCAUAGAACAGUGCAGGUAUCCAGAUUACCGAAACCCGCCUGGGACAGAGGACAGUUACGAUUAUGCACCAAUCUUUUGGCACAUUCUAGCUGCGAGAUUAGCAUUUGUAGUUGUAUUUGAGAAUGUUGUAUGUGUCAUCAUCCUGUUUAUCAAAUGGAUCAUCCCAGAUAUGCCGUACCGUCUGCAGGAGCAAAUUCGAAGGGAAGCAUACGUGACCAACGAACUGAUUGUUGAACAGGAGCUUCGGAGAGCAAGAGAAGCAAACACCACAGCCAGCUCCUCUCCACGCUCUCCCCUGCGGCGCCAGUACUCAGAGCCAGCAAGGAACAGAAACGUCCAGGAUGUGCGCUUUAGGAUUGAUAGAGGAUUCGUGAUUGAAGUCAGCAGAAGAUGAAGGACUUAUUGGUGAUACUGGAUACUUAAAGAGGUAUUUAGGUUGUAUGUGUAAAAUAUGUGGACUUGCAGAUAGUACCUGCAGUUUACUUUUGUGUUUGUUAAAGGGAAAGCCUAUGCUAUAGUAAUGUGUUCAAGGAAUUUUGAAUGUUUAUGUGCCUCAUUUCUGGGUAACAUGGUUAGUUGUUACAUUAUUUUAUUUUUGUGGAAAAAGGAAUAUUUCUACACCUGUUUUAAUGAUCUGGUCAGUCUCUUAAAGUAAUUUUAUUAAACACUAAUAUGUAAUUGAUGUUUCACAAAAGUUUAUGUAAAUAAUUGUGAUAAGACAUUCAAUUUUCAGUCAUGUUAACACUUUUGUAAAUGUAAACUGUCUUUAUUUCUGGAACCUAAUUGCUAGUCAAUUUGGAGAUCAUUUUUUAUAUAGCUGUCUAACUUUAUGCAAAGGAAAGAUCUUAUCUAUCACUAAACAUAUAUGCAUAUCUCCAUAUAUGUAUGUCUCACUCCUCUCCUUUCUCAGAAGUUUUUCCAGCUAGCAUUUUUGAUGUUCUCAUGAAAAUUCAGAUCACCUCAUACUCUGAGAUUUAAAAGGAUCAAGGACACUUUUUGUCCAGGAAAAAGAAGGCCUUCCUCGGAAGCUUUGCAUUUAGUAUUAAAAUUUUAACUUUUAGCUUAGACAUCCUUCGUUAAGAAAAUAUUUAGUUUCCUUCUCUCUGUCACCAGGGAUAUUCUGGAGGGAUGCAUGGAAAUUAAAUGGUGCAUCAAUUCAUUCUCAGACAUAGAAUCAUCCAGAGUCAAAAUUCAUGUAGAUAUAAGUGACAUGUCCAUAGAGGAACAUGUUUACUGGGCCAUAGGAAGAUGCAGUAGGGUGGCCAGUUUCUUUUCGCCCAGACUUAAAUUCCAUCAGCUGAUGCUUGAAUUCUCUCACAGCUGGGAGGAGCAUGGCCAGCUAGGAACCGAGGACCUUGCAGUUGUAAUGCCAGUGUUCUACCUCUAAGCUACACCAUCUCCACAAAAUCAUUAGUGGAAUAGAUAAAAUGUAUUGAUAAUUAGGAAUAGUUUAAGCGAAAUUAGUAUGAUUCUCCCCAACACUCUUUCCUGUUAAUGUGCCUUAAGUUGUUUGAGUUUUCCCUCCUGAAUAAAAAUAAGCAUAUUGUAAAUUAGUUUUUAUGGAGAGUGAAAUGAAACGAUUGUUGAUUGUGAGACUUCGUCCAAAAGGAGGAUCUAGUUGUUUGUUGUUUGGAGGAAAGUUUUUUGGCUUUGUAUCUUAAAUGUUGCAUGAAGAGUUUUUAAAAGUCUUAUACCAACCCUAAAGGAAAAAAUUGAGAGGUCAAGGUAUAUUUUUUGAUGUUGCAGUUAUCAGAGAGCACCUAGUUAGUAUAUGUAUGACAAGUUCUAGAAUAUAGCUUAGUCAAAAAAUGGUUUGGAUCAUUAAUACUUGAAGUGGAACAAGAUCUGCUAGGUAUUUCUGAUGCGCCGAGAAGUGAUUGAUUUUAUGUUUUAUCAAUUUAAAUAGACAUUUCAGCAUUUGAGUUCAACGUCAGUGGGGGGAAUUCAGAAUGUUGAUUUUAUUAUUAUUAUUAUUAUUAUUAUUAUUAUUAUUAUUAUUAUUAUCAUUGUCCUCUCCUCAGUUCCGGAAAAAAAAAUUAUUUGCGUUUUUUAGUUCUUGCAGAUUCUUCGCAUUGUUCUUGCAUUUUCUCAGGGUGUCUUAUCGUAGCUGAUGUGGCAGUUGAUUUUCAGUUGGGAAAUCAGAGGGAAAAAAUAUGUUUCAGCAGAUGAUAUGGAUCAAUGUUAGUUGCUCUUAUAGGCUAGUAGAAUUAAAAGAACAUUUUAUAAUAAAAAGGGUAGAUUUCCUUAAUUGUAUAGAUUUUGCAAUGUUUUUACAUCUGUAUUCACAAACUGAUGUAAGUGUGAGAGGGUACUAAUUUUAGCAUUGACUUCUUGUGAAGUUCAACAAUACCUGCAAACAAACUUUUUUUCUUUCUUUCUUUCUUUCUUUCUUUCCAGCUCACAUAGAUUUACUUGAGCGAUAUAAGCCUGGCCCAAGUAAGCCAUAGAACUCCUACAAAAAUUUAAGAUCGUAUUCAGUCUAUGAAGGGCAGUCACAACAAACCUUUCCAACUCAUUUCUUCAGUGUUAUUUCAGAUCAUGAAGAGGAAGAUUCAUUGUAGUAGAAAUAUUACGAACAGAAGGGAAGCAAGUAAAAGAAAGAAAAGUAUUGCCUGGAUAUUAUUUCAGAAGACACGUAUACACUUUUUUUGAAGACCAGGUGGUAUGAUUGGUAUUGGAAGGGUCAGUCUAAUGAGGAGUUUUUGAAUUUUAUUAUUGUUAUUAUUACCAGUUUCAUUGAUAUUAUUAUUGUCAGAAAGAACGUUUUUAUAACUUUCUAUAUUUUUUUUGUUCAUUAUUUUAUUAUCUUCAGAUUUUGACUCUCAGAAUAUCAUAAAAAAUUACAAAAUAUACUGAAUCAGUGCAGUUAACAUUGAUUUUAAGUGUAGAUACAAAAGAACCAAAGUUUUCUUUGCCUAUGUGAUUGUUUUUGUUUAUUUAUUCACAUGUGUAAAGUUUUAGUUUAUGCAAACAUGUUUGCUUAGCUAACCACUUCUACAACUAACCCCAUUUAGCUUGCAUAGUUACUAUAUACCAAAUCUUUUUCACUUUUAUGCUGGAUUACUAUUUUGCUCAAUUUGUUAUGGUAUGCUUUGCCUAAGGUGGCAGUGAAUUUUGAGCUUAGAACAGCAUUUUUAAGUAAUAUGUUUAUAGUGAAAUAUUACUGCUUUUGUUACCUAAUACUGUUGCUAUUACCAUUAUGAUGGAAAAAGAAAACUUCCUGGACUCUAGUCAGUUACUUUUAAACUGAAUGGUGCAUAUUUAAGUUAAUGCAAUAGUUCAUGUGGCUAUUUUUCCUCAUUCUUUGUCUUUUCUUUUUUCUUUUCUUUUAUUUCUUCUUCCCUUUCUUUCUUUUUUCUUUCCUUUUGUUUUAUUUUUCUUUCUUUUCUUUUCUCUUUUUCUUUCCUUUCUCUUUUUUUCUUUCCUUCCCUUUUUUUUUCUUCUUCUUUUUUUUAGAAGUAAAGGAAGUCACUCUCUUAGCAUUUUAGUUUUUAAGAUUAGCUUUUUUGAUAUUAAAAUAUAGGUCUUAUCAUCCCUUACUUGAAAUGGUACAUCUUUUUUAUGGAAGUGAUGAGGUGAAUGUACAUCAAGCUUUGUAAUGUUUAAGAUAUAUUGUAUAAAUAAGAUUGAGCUUCCAUGGUUUCUGCUUUUUUUUCCGAGCUUUAAGUUGUUUUUAUUACGCUUAUGUAACUAUGCUUUUGCCCUUCACUUGGGACUUAACUUUUAUGUUUACUCAAUGUUAUUGAUUUUUGUUUCUGUCUUAAAGCCUGGUAAAUUAUUAUUAGUAAAUUAUUUAACUUUUAUUUUGUUACCACAUUUCCCAGAUAAUUUGCUCAUUCAUUCAGUUUGUAAAGAGGACUGCAGCUUACAUUUCCCCAUAUUAGCAGAGUGGGUUUUUAUGCCUCGUCCACGUGAAUAUAGCACAAACAGCUGGUUCUCGGUUUGUGAACUUGAAAUGGCUGUUGUAGAUAUAGGCUAAGUGAAAGAAAAAAAAGAAAGGAAGGUGUACUUAAAGUUGUCAUAGCAAAUGAUGAAAUAGUUAAGGACAUUGCUAUUAUGUGUGACAUUUAAAAGUAUUUAUGAUGUUGUUGAACAUUACUUAGGAAUUAUGUGGAAUCAUAAGAUGGUUAUUUAUUAAAGAUUUUCACAGAUAAUUAAGGAAAAAGAAAUUGUUUGAAAGAUUUAUAAUAUAAUUUUUUUGGAAUGUUAAGAAUCUCUCUGUUGGUGUUUAUAUCUCUUAAUAUCUCCCAUCCCUUAUCCAUGCAGUGCUGCAACAUUUGUUGAAAGAUCAGGCCAGUGGAAGAAUGAACAUGAAGGAUGAUUUCAUCCCCAUCAUGAUAUUGUUGCAAAGUCAACUUUUCUUGGUAGAGUGAAGGAAAUAGUCCCAAGUGAUUCUGAGCAGUGCGUUAAGGAUCUGUUAUAUGGGCGGGCUGGUGUUAAGCUUCUGGUCAUUGUCUUUGCUUUAACAAAAAGAUUGAUAUAACUUUUUUUCUUUUUAUCAAUUAAGUUUGUCUGUGU